CCCUGACCCUCAUCCAUGUCCCCGUCCCCUUCUCCCGUCCCCACGGCCGUUCCCACCCUUAUCCCCGUCCUUUGUUCCCAUCCCUAUCGCUGUCCCCACCGCCACCGCUGCCCGUCCCCACGUCUGUCCCCAUUCCCUCCCAUCCACGUCCACGUCCCCACUCGUGUCCCCGCUCCCCCAGCCGCGGGCUCCCGGCAGCUGCAGCCGUGGCUGAUCGGUCUCACGGCGGUGGUGGUUUUCCUAUUCGUGGUUUUCGUGCUGCUGCUGGCGGGGCGGCUUUGGCGACUGCGGACGCGCAGAGAACGCGAGGACGACUCGGAGAAGCGAUCGACCCACAGCAUGGAGCGUGCAGCCUACAGCAACGCCGCGGCCGAGAAAGACAGCGACGACGAACGGGAGAAGAGCAAAGCCACGUCGCUGUGACACGCGUGGGCUUCCCUGGCUGCUCCGUUCCGCGCCGCGUUUUGCGGAGCUCCGUUCGGCCGACGGCAAAACCCGGAGCGAAUCGGAGCGGGAUGGAGCGGGGGGGAGGGAGGGGGAG